AUGUCAUCAAGUGCACCAUACGAGCGGCUUUUCCGUGUAUUGAGGGACAACGAAGAUAUUUCCCGUGGCAUCCGUCCAAAAAAUCCAAAUGCAAAUAAAACGAUAGAGGAACAUGUUGAUAAUGGAUCUUACUCUCAGUCCCAAUAUAUAUCUACAUCCGCCUCACGGGAAGCCGCCAUCGACUUUGCUAAGAAGGGAUAUAAUUAUUCCCCGGGAUCUCGAAAAAUUGCUGUGAUAAACACAAAAAAGAUGCCAACCAGCGUCAUUUACACAGACCUUACUGAUCCAGAUAUUUUGUAUGAAGAGAUAGAAGAUGACCGCGCACAAAAUUUUGCUCGCAAAUUUGAGGAAGUUGUAAUUGAAGGAUGUAUUCCGGCUCAUUGCAUUGAAAGGACAUUUAUCGUAUAA